ACCAGUCCUCCGUUGUGUACAUUCUGUUAACCAUAACUUUAGCAGCUACAUCAAACACACACCUGUAUCUUCCCUUUUCUCGGAAACUUAAAUCUCCAAUGUAUCAAUGGAGGAAAUUCGACUUCUUCGAGGACAAAUACGGCGGCAAAACCUCCGUCCCCGACGAACUCACCGGCGCAUUAAACUGCUGUUCUAGCGGCCGUGGAAAGAUCGUCGCCGGCUGCGACGACGGCACCGUUGCUUUGCUCGAUCGUGGAUUUAAAUACAAUUACGGCUUUCAAGCUCACACUUCAUCUGUUCUUUUUCUCCAACACCUUAAGCAACGGAAUUUUCUUGUUACUAUAGGUGAAGAUGAAGAAAUAUCUUCUAGAUUACCAGUUGUUUGCCUGAAAGUGUUUGAUCUUGAUAAGCCUCUGAAUGCCGAGGGCCCGAGCACAUCGAGUCUGGAUUGCAUACAGAUAUUGCGAAUAUUCACUAAACAGUUUCGUGAAGCUAAGGUAACAUCAUUUUUAGUUCUAGAGGAAGCUCCACCUAUAUUACUCAUUGCUAUUGGGUUAGACAAUGGUUGCAUUUAUUGUAUUCAAGGGGACAUUGCACGCGAGCAUAUAAAGAGAUUCACGCUUCAAGUUGAUUCUACCUCAAAUAUUAAUAGCCAGUUGCCAAUAACAGGCCUUGGAUUCCGGGUUGAUGGUCAAUCUCUUCAACUAUAUGCAGUCACUCCAUCUUCAGUAAGCUUGUUUAAUUUGGCAACUCAACCAAGAAGCCGGCAGAACUUGGAUCAUAUUGGAUGUGGUAUCAAUAGUGUUGCAAUGAGUGAUCGCAUGGAGCUGAUUAUCGGUCGACCAGAGGCUGUAUACUUCUAUGAGGUUGAUGGUCGGGGUCCUUGUUGGGCCUUCGAGGGAGAAAAGAAAUUCGUUGGGUGGUUCCGUGGAUACCUCUUAUGUGUUAUUGAAGAUCACAGAAGUGGCACGAAUACUUUUAAUGUGUAUGACCUGAAAAACAGGCUCAUUGCACAUAGUAUUGCUGUAAAAGAAGUUUCUCACAUGCUUUUCGAGUGGGGUAACGUGAUACUUAUUAUGAAAGACAAAUCAGUGUUAUGUAUCGGGGAAAAGGACAUGGAAAGCAAGUUGGACAUGCUUUUCAAAAAGAAUCUAUAUACUGUAGCUAUUAAUCUUGUUCAAAGUCAACAAGCUAAUGCUGCUGCAACUGCUGAGGUGCUAAGGAAGUAUGCAGAUCAUUUAUAUAGCAAACAAGAGUUCGAUGAGGCUAUGUCCCAGUAUACACACACCAUCGGUCAUCUUGAACCUUCAUAUGUAAUACAGAAAUUUUUAGAUGCACAGAGAAUAUACAACCUUACUAAAUACUUGGAAAAGCUGCACGAAAAGGGGCUUGCUUCCAAAGACCAUACCACUCUCCUGCUGAAUUGUUAUACCAAAUUAAAAGAUGUUGAAAAGCUGAAUGCUUUCAUAAAGAGUGAAGAUGGGGAACUAAAAUUUGAUGUGGAAACCGCAAUAAAGGUCUGUCGAGCUGCCAAUUAUCACGAGCAUGCAAUGUAUGUUGCAAAGAAGGCUGGGAGGCAUGAGUGGUACUUAAAGAUCUUACUUGAAGACCUGGGUAGUUAUGAAGAAGCAUUACUAUAUAUUGCAAGUCUUGAACCAAGUCAAGCUGGGGUUACGGUAAAAGAGUAUGGGAAAACACUUAUAGAACACAAACCUGAGGAAACAAUUGAGAUACUCAUGAAGCUUUGCACAGAGGAAGACGAAGCAGCCAAAAGAGAGGCUUCAAAUGGUACAUAUGUAUCUAUGGUGCCAUCUCCAGUUGAUUUUCUUAAUAUCUUUGUCCACCAUCCACAUCCACUAAUGGACUUUCUUGAGAAAUACACCGACAAAGUAAAGGAUUCACCGGCUCAGUUAGAAAUUCAUAACACGCUAUUGGAGUUAUAUUUAUCUAGUGACCUGAAUUUUCCAUUACUCUCACAAGUUGAUGUAGAACAAAAUAGUGAUUUUGGAGUUAAGGGGUCAUUAGUAGGUGUCGUACCUGAUGUGAAGGACCUAAAAGGGGGGAAAGAUUGCGAGAGAUUUCAAAAGGGGCUUCGUUUACUGAAGGAUGCAUGGCCAACAGAUCAGGAGAAUCCUAUUUAUGAUGUUGAUCUUGCUAUAAUACUUUGUGAAAUGAAUGCGUUUAGAGAAGGACUCCUGUAUUUAUAUGAGAAACUGAAACUUUAUAAAGAAGUGAUUGCUUGUUACAUGCAAGCACAUGACCAUGAGGGUUUAAUUGCAUGCUGCAAGAGACUUGGAGAUUCUGGCAUGGGAGGUGACCCUUCUCUUUGGGCAGAUUUGUUGAAGUACUUCGGUGAACUUGGAGAAGAGUGUUCCAAAGACGUUAAGGAAGUUUUAACUUAUAUUGAUAAAGAUAAUAUCUUGCCUCCAAUUAUAGUUCUUCAAACUCUUUCAAAAAACCCAUGUCUUACUUUAUCUGUCGUUAAAGAUUAUAUAGCUCGAAAGCUGGACCAGGAAUCAAAACUAAUUGAUGAGGAUCGCAGAGCAACAGAAAAGUAUCAGGAGGAAACAUUAGCAAUGAGAAAAGAAAUCCAUGAUCUGAAGACUAAUGCCAGAAUCUUUCAGCUCAGUAAGUGCACAGCUUGCACAUUCACCCUCGACUUACCUGCAAUCCACUUUAUGUGCAUGCAUUCAUUCCAUCAACGUUGUGUUGGGGAUAAUGAAAAAGAGUGUCCAGAAUGUGCUCCUGAGUACAGAUCUGUCCUGGAUAUGAAGAAAAGGCUGGAGCAGACUUCUACAAGUCAAGAUCAGUUUUUUCAAAAAAUUAAGAACUCAAAAGAUGGGUUUUCGGUGAUUGCUGAGUAUUUUGGGAAGGGGCUGAUUAGCAAAACUGCAAUUGGGUCUGGCUGACACCCUUAGUUGAGGCAGAGCUUCUGUUGGCUUUUGGGUACUGUACUUCAUUACUACUUUUUCAGUGGUAUUGUUCUCUCCUUAUACAUCUUUUCUUAUUUGUUACGUUACGUGUUUAGAAUCUCCGAGACCCGAGUUACAUCAUACUUGUGAGGAGACUCUGGUAUUGUGCGUUUAUUUAGAUUGGACCAUAGAAUGAUCUAGUAGCGUGGCUUGUUUGGUUGUUGUCUCCUCAGUAGUUAAUUAUUUAUUCUCAUUUUUCGUCAGUUCACUUAUUGAGAUUCUAGUGGUAUAUAUAAUAUGAUUAUUGAGA